AUGCAUAUUAAGCCAAGAGUGAAACUAGAGCCAGAGUUACUGCAGAAACUACGCAUAGAUCCUGGCGGCAUUCGUGUGACGCAAAGUCGACGCUGGCAACGGAUUAUGGAUUUGCUAUUUGUGUAUACGAUUAUGUCUCUUAUGGUAGUCAAGGUCGCAGCCACAACAGCAUUAUAUCAACAGCAGCAACAGCAACAACUACAACAACAGCAGCAGCAACCACAAGCAGAACAGUUACUUAAUCACAUUGCAGAGCAAAGGGAGCUGGAGACAACGACGACGACGACGGCAGUGAGAACUGAAAGUGACAACGCAAGUGAGAGCGCAGCUCAAGCAGCGGAACGUGUAAGCAUCGAGAAGAUGCGUGCCAGAUUACAGCAAUUGCAGCACGAGCAGUUGCAGCAAUAUCAAAGCAGACAGCAGCUGAUGCAGCAAAUGCAGCUGCAGUUGCACGCAAAUGCGGGCACGCAUGCAGUAGCUGGCGAAACUGCCUACUUAUUGGAGCGUGCCGACGAUGUGGCGCCCAUUUAUGGCACAUGGCGCACGAAAGCGAGACGACCCCAGUCGCAGUUGCAGCUGCAACACGCCACAGCGACAGCGACGACGAGCCACUUGGACGAUAAUCAUCUGUACGAGCGUCUGCCCAGGCGCACCGUCACCAUGACACCCGAGCACGCAGCUCUGCGUGAGCAACUGCCACGCCCACCACGCCUAACAACACAGCGUCCCGGCACUGCGCUGCUGCGUCGUCAAUAUUCCGAAACGCCAGGCUCACUGGCGCUGCGUGAAGACUUCAAGCCCAAGCCGUUUCACUUUCCCUACGAUGGGCCGCUGCCCGAGCAGUUCAAGGAGCGGCCGCCUGCAGCAGCCUUGAACAACAUACAGGACAUACUACAAAAUCUGCAUCUAAAUGCUGCGCCCAGCAAGCUGCCGCAGCUGGUCAUGAUGCCCACUGGACUGCACAUAGCUGGCAGCUAUAAGAAUCUCAAGUCCAGCGGCAUUGCCAACUUCUUUCGGGGCAAGCGUAACAAGAAGCAAAUGCAGUUCAAUUUGCCCAUGAGCCUGCCCAUGUAUCCAGCGCUAAGUUUGCCCAUGGCUAUGCCACAUUAUGGCGCCACUGCACCACAUCAGCGUGUGGCUAUUGAACAGCUUUAUGCUUAUAAGCCGCGCUCGCCGCAGGACAUUAACUUGCUAGCCACAGGCUAUCAGCAGUCAGCCAAGCCAGUCAGCAACAAAAAGAAACACAAGCAGCAGCAACAGCAGCAGCAGCAGCAGCAACAGUACUACAACAACAUGUUGCUGGAGCAUGGCACGCAGCAACAUUUGGUUAGCGAUGCUUUUAUGCAAAGCUAUCCAGCGCUGCUGGCAUUGAAUGCUACGCGUGCUCCAGCGCUGCAACACAAGCGUGUACCCUUCAAGCUCAAUUUGGAUAUUUAUCCAGUGCUGCCACCUUCGCGUCCCACUUCAGUGCUGCGCAAUCCUUUUCAACCCGAGGCUGUUUACCAAACUCCCUUUCAAUUUCCCACACAAGCGCCCAGUCAUUUGCCCCUAAGCUUUCCCGAUCAGGCUACGCGCUAUAGCCAACAGCAAGCUAUAUAUCAAUCCCAUUCACAGCAGCAGCAGCAGCAGCAGCAGCAGCCGCCGCCGCCGCCUCCCAUGCAAACUCAUUUCAAUCCCGAGGACUGCAUCUAUGGCAGCAAACCUAAAGCAAUUGCUCAAAGCAGCAGCAACAUCAAUCACAACAACAACAAUCAAUUAGCUGUAGAUCAACACUCCAAUCAAAUUAUGUUGCAUCUAAAUGUUUUCCCCAAACAAAAGCCCACACCAGCAAUGCGUGCAACCACCAAUCCCUUCUACAAUCACAACUACAACAAUCAGCAACGUCAGAGUGACUCCACGCUGCCCAAGCCGCCCAGCCCCGCAGCCAUUGAACCACGUCAGGCGCCGCCAAACAACAACAACACAGUUAGCAACUCCGCUUCCGUUCAAAAUCAAACUGUUGCUGCUGCUGCUGCACAACGUUCGAUUUCACGCAGCGAUAAUUUAUCGCUUAUUGACUUUGAGCAUCCCAUUGUAGCCGCGGAGCUGCCACAGCUGCCACAGCCUGCGGCACUAACUGGCUACAACUAUCAACCAGAAGUGCAGCAUUAUCGCUAUCCCAAGCAUAUUGAUCAGCUGGCGGCUGAGGCGCAGACAGCUUCGCUGUUUCGUUUUCCCGUUGAAGAUCUAAUACAAUUUCAGGUGGAUGAUGCGCUCUAA